AUGGCAGCCGAGAAGUUUCAUUUCCUCAUUGUUGGAGUUCCGCUGUCCCCGCUGCACAAUUGCAUCUCGAUUGGGCAGGAGCUGUGCCUGAGGGGCCACAAUGUCACAGUGAUGAGCUUUGCAGACCGAGGACGGCAAAAGGUGGCAAAGUACGCGCCGAAGUGCAAACUGAAUUACCUCAGCCUUGGCGAGCUGCCGGUUAGCGAUGACAAGGAAGAGGAGCUGGUGCGGCAGAUGUUGACCUCGAACAGCACUUUGCUGCAGAUGUCCUUCAUGAUGCAGAACCUCAUGACGCCCUACUUUGAUCAACUGCAGGUGGGCGUGUCCAAGGCGCUGAAGAGUGGGCUGGUGCGCCCAUCCUUCGGCCUACUAGGCCUUCCCUUCGGGGGUGUGGGCCGCGAGCUCCAGGUGCUGGGCAUCGACUUCGCGGUGAAUGUGCCGACCAUCCUCGUUCCCCCGAUCAACCCGUGGGCGUCGUCCUUCAUCCCAUUGCCGUUCCACUUGGUGAGCCCGCACAAUAUGACUUUCGUGGACAGGCUUCUGGUGAUCGGGGGCAACUCUCUCUUGAACUUCGGGCGGCAUCUGGCCGUGGCUGCGGGCUUUCAGUUCUCUUUCAUGCCAGACUUGAGCCCAGAUAUGUGGCGGGGCCGUCUUGCGUUCGUGAACAGUAUCCCGGGUGUGGACUAUCCACAGCUCUUGCCACCUCUGGUGCAGUACACGGGCCCGGUCGUGGAUGUGAAGAAGAUGGAGCCGUUCCCGCCAGAAGUGGAGUCCUGGCUGGAGUCCGUCCCUGAGGGAAUGCCGGUCGUCUACGUGAGCUAUGGCACCAUGGUGCGGCUGACUGCGGAGAGGGUGGCUGCAACGCUGUCCACGCUGACGUCUACAGAACACUUCACGCUCUGGGCCUUGCCCAAGACUCAGCAGGUCGGCUUGCCAGAUACCUUGCCAUCCAGCAUCAUGAUCCACCACUGGAUUCCCAGUGCUCGCGCGCUGGCGCACCCGAAGGUGAAGGCCUUCGUUUCCCACUGCGGAGGGAACUCGGCUGUCGAGUGCAUGGCCAUGGGCAAGCCCCUUAUUGGCUACCCGCAGUUUGGGGAUCAGAUGGCUGUUUGCCAACGCAUUGCGGAUGCGGGUGCAGGGAUCACAGGUCCUCAGGGUGGCUGGGUCCAGGCUGAGGAUGUGCGGCACGUCCUCGCCGAGCCCCGCUAUGCUGUGCGGGCGCAGACCAUGUCGCGGCUUCUGGAGAAGUUCGGGGGCACGUCACGAGCCGCCGACCUUUUGGAGAUGGCGGCUGCCGGCGACCUUGCGCCACUGAGAACGCCCCUCGAAGGAUCUACCAGCUCCUCCUUUUUCAUGGCAGGCUAUGACCUUGUUAUCUACGCACAGCUGCUGGCGUUCGCCUUGAUGUUCAUGUGCAUGCGGUGCUGUGCUUGCUGUUGCCGGAGCAGAAACCGACAUGCAUCAGCCGAGAAGAAGAAGCAGUGA